AUGUCAAAAGAACUACAACAAUAUUAUAUUCCUUUAAGUAUUCAAAAGAUUCAUCAUGAGCAAUAUUACAGAAGUAGAAAAUCCGAAGCUCAAGGAUCAUCAGUGCAAGUAAACUUCAAUUACAAUUGGAGUGCUCAACCUUCUUUCCAAAAACCUGCUUCUUUGCCUCAUCCUCAUAUGGAUCAUCAAAACGAGAAGAAAGGAGAAAAAAACGAAAUUGAUGAGACUUCUCAAAAAAGCACCAAAAGUCUACUGAGUUCAAUUUCUUCUAAUUUGGCUCAUGCUGAAGGUAGCACAACAACCAAUGAUGGAUCUUAUACGACAGCUAGUCCAACAGAGUCUCUCAAAAAUGUGGAAGAAGAUAAAAUGAAAGAACCAUUGGUUUCUACAACCAAACAAAAAAAGAGUAUUCAAGUGCCUCUCUCAAAUUCAAGAAAUACCAAAAAGCUGAAAACCUCCUCAAACAAAAACAUAAAAAAGAUCAAGAUCAAGCUUUCAAAAAAAAGAGCCAAGAAUAGAAGGCACAAAACUGGGGUUCGGGGUUUAUGCAAUCAUUGCAAGCAAGAAUGUACCCCAAAGCAAUGGAGAAACAUUCCCGAUAGCGACGGAAAGCUUAGAAAAGUAUGCAAUCCUUGUGGCUUACACUUUACUGGUAUUCUCAAACAUCAUGAUGGUGAUAAAUCAUUAGCAAUUAUCAUUUUUGAGAGACAGGAAAAGGAAGGAAAGGGAUUAUUUAGGGGUAAGAGCUAUCGUGAUUGA